CACUGGCAGCAGCAACAGGAGCAGGGAUUCCCUGGCCCCCCAGCCGCAGGGAUGCCCUCCCCCAGUGCACACAGCCCAUAUACAGCCCUGCUAUCAGUACCUUGUACCUGUGCCCCAUUCUACCCUCUCAUCAUGUCACAGCAUCGACACCCCCUCACUGCCCAUCAUCUGCAGGAGGCUACCUGACAGCAUCCUAGCUGCAGUGGUCCCAUGUGCCCACACCAUGCCCAGGCCACUUUGGCACUGAUUAGGAGUCUGCCAGGAUAAUCCCUAUCAUUAUUUCACCAUUUACCCCUUUUCCUGUGCCCAUCAGCUGCAUCACAGCCCACCUUGGCAUAGAUCUCAUACAUUGGCCUCAAUGAGCUCAUAUGUAAUCCAUCUCUAUCGCUGUCUUCCCCUGGCUAAGCACACAGUGGCAUCACAGGCACAGUCAACGUCAACAUGAUAUAUUAAGACUCAUGAACCACUGAGAUGAAAUCAGCCUGAAACUAGAUGUAGACAAGUGACCAGUGAAGAUUCUCCUUCCUCUAUACAUUCUGCCAUGUUUGUGGCUAUCAUAAGAAGCUGUGUUUGUCUUCAUGAAGAUUCCUAAUCUUGGUAAUGUGAUGAAUAAAUUUGAGGUCCUUGGAGUUGUAGGUGAAGGAGCUUAUGGAGUGGUGCUUAAAUGUCGACACAAGUGCCACAUUGAGCAGAAACUGGAGCAAAGUAUUGAUACAGUGGGACAAAUCCAGGAAACAAAGGAAAUUGUGGCAAUCAAGAAAUUUAAAGAUAGCGAAGAAAAUGAAGAAGUCAAGGAGACGACACUGCGAGAGCUUAAAAUGCUUCGCACUUUGAAGCAGGAAAAUAUAGUUGAGCUGAAAGAAGCAUUUAGAAGAAGAGGAAAAUUAUACCUUGUCUUUGAAUAUGUCGAGAAGAACAUGCUUGAGCUGCUGGAAGAGAUGCCAAAUGGAGUUCCUCCGGAAAAAGUCAAGAACUACAUUUAUCAGCUCAUCAAGGCAAUUCACUGGUGUCACAAGAAUGACAUUGUUCACAGAGACAUCAAACCAGAAAACCUCCUCAUUAGUUACAAUGACAUCUUAAAACUCUGUGAUUUUGGCUUUGCACGGAAUUUGUCUGAAGGUAGCAAUGCCAAUUACACAGAAUAUGUGGCCACCCGAUGGUACCGUUCUCCAGAACUGCUUUUGGGGGCUCCAUAUGGAAAGGCUGUUGACAUGUGGUCUGUAGGCUGUAUCCUUGGAGAGCUGAGUGAUGGCCAGCCACUUUUUCCUGGAGAAAGUGAAAUAGAUCAGCUUUUUACAAUCCAGAGGGUGCUAGGACCUCUUCCAUCAGAGCAGAUGAAGCUGUUUUACAGCAACCCUCGUUUCCAUGGGAUGCGGUUUCCUGCUGUCAAUCAUCCGCAGUCUUUGGAAAGACGAUAUUUGGGAAUCAUAAGUAGUGUUUUGCUUGACCUCAUGAAGAACCUAUUGAAGCUAAACCCGUCUGAUCGAUAUUUGACUGAGCAGAGCCUGAACCACCCUGCAUUUCAGACUCAGAGACUCUUGGAUCGUGGUGGGAGUUCUCCUUCCAGAUCAUCCAAGAGAAAAACUCAUCACUCAGACAGCAACUCAGCAAGCAGGAAGCCUUCUAGUAAAAGUUCACAGCCACAUCACAGAUCAAACAGUAAAGAUAUACAAACGCUAUCUGUUGGACCAAAACGAAUUGAAGAGACUCACCCGCCAAAUGAGACGUUUAUCAAUGGAAACCACCCAGCAGGAUCUCAUAGUCCGACAGUCCAUCCAAAAAAGAGUAACCAAAGUGGGUCUGGUAACAAGGAUCUAUCAAAUAACAAUUUGCCGCAUCUUCUUAGUCCAAAGGAAGUAAAGUCUAAGAAUGAAUUUGACUUUAGUACUGAGCAAAAGGUCACUGAAGGACCAGGCACCAAAUACUUGAAAUCAAGUUCACGCUCUCAACAUAACAGACAUUCAUUCAUGGAAGGAAAAACCAGCAGCUUACAACCGGGUGAAAGGCAUGCUCGCCAUAGCUACAUUGACACCAUCCCACAAUCCUCAAAGAAAAGCAGUUCUUACAUGAACUAUUCAAAAAGUCAUGGUGUCCUGACAGAUUCAAAGUCAGUAGGUAAUCUUAGUGAAAACAGAGGACAAGCUCUAGAGCCAAACAGUAGAUAUUUUCCAUCUAGCUGUCAUGACUUAAACUCUCCAACUAGUCCUGCUGGUCCUAGGCAUGUUGACAAUAGAGGUAUGUUGAGCCCCUCUGGGAGGACUAAUCGAAAAGAAGGGACUUUGGAGUCUCGAAGACCGACCACUAGACAUUCCAGAACCAUGGAGGAGCUGAAACUUCCUGAUCAGAUGGAUGGUAGUCAUUCCCACUCACUCUCAGCCCCACAUGAAUCUUUUUCAUAUGGCCUGGGUUACACUAGUCCUUUCUCCUCACAACAGCGCCCUCACAGACACUCCAUGUAUGUGAGCCGGGACAGAGUACGGGUUAAGGGAAAUGACCCAGGACUAAGUGUUGGGCAAGGUAUGGCAUCCAGGGCCAACAGUCUACAGUUGCUAUCUCCUCAGGUACAACAUCGAACAUUGACAAGAUCUGUUGGAUCAUCUCGUGAAGAUUGCACAGAAGACACUACUAGGCAGGCUGACCCAGGUCCAUCAGAGGGGAUCAUCCACUCAAGAUCUCUAGCUAAAGAGCCCAACAGAGAUGGUGCAACUUCAUUUCAUACGCGACAAAAGACUGAGGGAGGACCUUAUCAUGACAUGCAUCCAGAUGAUGGGGCCUCCUCCAAAGAAAACCGCCAUAUGUACAAUGACACAGUUCCUAGGAGGGUUGGCAGCUUCUACAGAGUUCCGUCACCUCGUCCAGAGGGAACAUUUCAUGAAAACAGUGUGUCAAAUCGCAGUUCUUCUCACCCAGCUGACAGCAGCGCAGGAACAAAUCACUCGAAGAGACAAACUACUUUCGAUCCCUGGAAAGGAGCAGAAAAAAGCCAUUCAGAACAAAUAAAAGACAAAGAAAAGCAAAGUUUUUUUCGAGUCAUAAAAAAGAAAAAGAAGAAAUCCCAAGCUACAGAAUCCACAGACUCUGAGAAACCGAUCAUCAGGAAAAGCCUCUUUCCACUUUUUAGUUCAAAGAACAAUAUAAAGCAUAGUUCUUCUUUGAAAAAGUCGCCUGUAGGCAGUCUUCCAAUGAUGCCCAAUACAGAUGGUCCGGAUCAUCUGACUAUACAGAAAGGCGUCCACUCAUCCAGCCACAAAAGCAGCAGACACAAAGAGUGGCGUCCAGACAAGAUGGCAGAAAUACACUCACAUAGUCAACCUUUAAAGUCCCUGUGGAAGCUCUUGCACCCUUCAUCUUCCUCAAACCACUCGGUACCAUCAGAUCCACGUUUCCAACCAUUACCCAACCAGCCACCUAAAACCCCCUCCUUUGCGGAGGCCAGAAUACACCCAAUGGGCCAGCCUUCCAGCUCUAUGCAUCGCCAAGAGCCGCAGCUUAAAAGUCGUCAGGGGCUACAGAUUCCUGGGCAGCCAGAUCCAUUAUGGCACGUCUCCCCAGUGAACAGAGGAACUAAUGAUGGAGCUCCGUUCCCUGACCAGCUGGCCUCCAAACCUGGACAGAACGGGCUGCCUUUUAACCGGACAAAAAGAACCCGAUUGCCAAAUUUAAAUGACUUAAAAGAGACAGCUCUUUAGUUGACUUCUGUGGGCAAAUGGCAAAAGUAUAUAUGAAAGUGAGUACUGGGUGAAUGGCAGAUUGGUGAAGGAGCUUCAAAGAGAUAUAUACGCAAGUACCUAUAGUUAUAUUAAUAUGUGCAAUAUGCUUGUGUGAGGUUACACUGUGCUGCAGACCCACCCACUAAUAUUUUUGUUGAUUGUUCGGUUAUCCGCUACCAGUUUCCUUGUGACAUUAGAAUGUGCAAUAAAAAUAUAUUGUCAAAAUAUCUAAGGAAGUUCCCUAAUUACGCAAGAUAAAAAGAAUCAAAAAUCUUUAUUUCCCCUGGCUGGCACCCAUAUAUUUGUAUGACAGAAAUAAAUAGCCUUAACCAGGGAAUAAAACAAUAUUUUACACCUGAAUGAUAUAAAGUGGGUUUAUCCAGAUUAAGAUAUUUUUAAGGAAAUAACACUUCCAUAUUUGAUAUUUUUUAUAAUAUUUAUUUAAGAUAAACUAUUAUCAUAAUGUCAUAUCAUUUUGUCAAGUUAUUUUAAGCUGUUAUAAACAUUGUGAAACCGUACAACAGCUAAAGUAGAUUAUAUGAAAACGUGCAGUAUAACAU